UUAACUUUACAACGGAGGGCAGACACAAUUUUUUAUUGUCCGACAGCAAAAACGAGAGUGCUCCAUAACAAUAAAGCACUAGCUUUUAAAUCUUGACACUUUCCUCUCUCUUUCUCUCUCUCUCUCUAGGGAUUGAAGAGUUGUCGCAGCCACAUAUCCAAAAAUCAGCCUCUUCGAAAAAAAAAAAAAGAAAAACCCCAAAAGGGAAAAAAUGGAUUGAUAAUUCGAAUCUCCAUCGGAUUAGGUCACUUUGUUACUCCAUUUCACUUGGAAUCAAUCAGGGUUUCGGUGAUUUUUGUAGUUUAGGGUUUAGGAUUUGAAGCUUGUAAAAUUAUUUGUGAAAGCAGCUUCUUCUUUACGGGUUUAUGCCAUGGAAGAUACACAGUCAGUUGCAACACUCAUAGACUCAACAACCUCUAAGAUACAGCAGCUUCAGAAAGCAUUUGCUGAACUUGAAAGCCAUCGUGCUAUAACACUUAAUCUGAAGUGGAAAGAAAUUGAGGAACAUUUCCAUGGGCUUGAGAAGUCCUUGAAGAGACGCUUCCAUGAGUUGGAAGACCAAGAAAAGGAGUUUGAGAAAAAAACAAGGAAAGAUCAAGAAAUGUUGCUGAAGCGUGAAGCAGCUGUUGUAGCCAAAGAACAAGCUUCAUUGGCAAGGUUACAAGAAAAGAGAGAUGCUGCUGUUUUUGCCAUUACUAGUGCUCUAGAGAAGCAUAGGAAAUUAUCAUCUGAGGAGCCUGCUGAUGUCAGCUGUGAUGGAGACAGUGGUGUACUAUCAGUUGAGGAGAAACCACCUGAUUCUAUAGCUUCUGAAAGUAACUCGGAGGACAUCAAAUGUUCUUUGGAGAAUGGGAAUUUCGAGGUGAAAUCUUAUCCCCAAUUGGUAAAACUAUGUGAGGAGAUGGACUCUGAAGGACUGCACAAGUUUAUAUCAGAUAAUCGUAAGAACCUUGCUAUCUUGAAGGAGGAAAUUCCUUGGGCAUUGAAAGCUGCAGCAAGCCCAGCCCGCUUGGUCCUGGAAUCUUUGGAAGGAUUUUACCUUUCAGAAGUGCCAAAUGUGGAUGGAAAGAAAGAUUCAAAUCUACUGGGUCUUAGGCGAACCUGUAUCAUGUUGAUGGAGUGCCUUAGCUUUUUGCUAAGCAACCUGGAUAUGGUUUCUGUUUCUGCUGUAAUCUCUGAAGAUAUUAAGGAGCAAGCCAAGUCAAUUGCUGAGGAAUGGAAACCAAAGUUGGAUGCUCUUGACAUGGAUGCUAGUAAUGGUAACUCAUUGGAAGCUCAUGCUUUCCUGCAACUCCUUGCCACUUUUGGUAUUGCUUCUGACUUCAAUGAGGAAGAACUUUCAAAGUUGAUACCAAUGGUCUCUCGUCGUCGACAAACAGCUGAUCUCUGCCGAUCCCUUGGUUUGUCUGAAAAAAUGCCAGGUGUAAUUGAAGUUCUGGUGAAUAGUGGAAGGCAGAUUGAUGCAGUAAACCUGGCAUUUGCGUUUGGGCUUACUAAACAGUUCUCACCUGUACCUUUACUGAAAUCCUACUUGAAGGAGGCAAGAAAAGCUUCUUCACCUGCCAAGCCUGGAAAUGCCUCUCCCACUGCUCAGUUUCAGACUGAGGUUAGUGAGCGAGAGUUGACUGCUCUAAAGGCUGUGAUCAAGUGCAUUGAGGAGCAUAGCCUUGAGGAGCAAUACCCUGUUGACCCACUUCAGAAGCGGGUUUUCCUGUUAGAGAAGGCUAAGGCGGACAAGAAGAAGGAAACCGAAGCUGCAAAGCCUCAACCCAAGAGACCUCGUGCCAAUGGUGCAGGAUAUGGUCCACGAGUCACUAACGUAGCUGCUGACAAAACAUUCUAUCCUAGAGUCCCUGAUAGGUACCCGCAGUACGUGUAUGACAGACCCUAUGUUUACGCUGGACCUGCUGACAAUCACGGACCCUUACUUCUUGGAUCUGCCACGUACAACUUCUCUCCUAGUCAUGGGAACUACUUUGGAAACGGCUACCAGUAUCAGGCUCCAUAUCUUCACUAAUUCCCAAACAUGGCUAAAAGGUGACUGUGAUCCGCUCACUUUAGCUGUUAGCCUUAACCUUCCAGUUUGCAGUGUAUGAAUGGACUUAGUAUUAAAAAAAGAACAAAAAAAAAAAAAAGAAAAAAAAAUUGCCUUGUUAAUUUUAAUCUGGUGUACAAGAUAUUUUAAUCCUCUAAUAUAUGCACUCGGUUUUUGUAUGUA